GUUGAUUCUUUGUAUCUGAGUGACAAGGGACCUGCACUCUUAUUCUUCCCCUUCGUUCCAUUUUUCCCCUCCUCCCUUUCCCCUUUUUGUUCACUCCUUUGAUCUGAUUCACAUCCCACUUACCCCACAUUUAUUAUGAGUAAAAAGUUCAAGUCUCAGGCAUCAAGCAGCCGCGCUGCUAGCACCUUUGGCUCCUUUGGUGGAUUCUCCAGCUCUUUCUCUGGUUCUGGGAGGGAACCGUCGUCUCUUACUUAUGUGGCUGAGCCGCCGGACCUUUCGCAGAUAUUUGAAGCACAAUUGGCAAUUGCUUUCAAGAACUUCCUGAAGAAAGAUGAAGUAACGAGGACCAAAGCACUGGAUGAUUUGAGGGAUUAUGUUUCUACUGUAGAAAGUCGCAGUGGGACUCUGGAUGACGGGUUCCUGGAAGCCUGGAUUAAAAUUUAUCCCAGAGCAUCGAUUGAUCUGUCUCGUAGAGUGAGGCAAACGGCCCAUUCCACACAAGGAUCUAUUGCUUCUCUAGUGGGCAAGCGGAUUGCCCGUUUCUUACCGAAAGUAAUUGGGGCAUGGCUUGCAGGACUCUAUGACAAUGAUCGAAUGGUUCACCGGUCCGCAUUUGAGUCCUUCACACGGGUUUUCUCAACUGAAGAGAAGAGAAACGGCGUGUGGAAGAUCUACCAGAGUUCUAUUCUUGAUUUUGUAGAUGAUGUCAUCCUUCAGCAGACUCCACAGACUCUUAGCGACGAGAGGACUGUCAAGUCUGAUGAUGCAGAAGCGAAGUAUGCUCGCGUUGUAGGAACUGCGGUUUUACUAUUUAAUCGAAUUAUAGGAAAUUCGACGCGCGAAGUUCUUGAGAAGGAUAUAGCUACGAUUGAAAACCUUCUGGGUAGUAAAUCGUUAUGGUCCUUAUGCUAUCAUGACGACCCUUUUGUUCGCAGAUCAGUCUAUGUCCUUCUUCGAUCUGCUGUCUCUAAAGACCCAGAGCAGCUUGACUGGAAGCUCAUCAGUGCCGCUAUCAUCGGCAAAUCCUUGCAUAUAUCUCAAUUAGGAUCUUCCCCGGACCUGUCCGAAUUGCUGCUGCAGGUGACAACUGUAAGGCCUCAGUUAUGGACUGACGACUAUACGGGCAAGUCUUCUUCCUCUAAAAGACUCAUUCAGUAUAUCCAGAAAGGUUCAGAGGGUGGUCUAGCCUCCUUCUGGCAAAAUCUAUACGAGUUAUUGCAGGUUAUCCCAUCGCAGACUUUAGCAAAAGUUGAUGCGAAAUCCACAAAUGAAGACAGUGUUGAAUUGUCAAGCGCUACGAAAUUGACUCAAUCCUUCCAAGACGGACUGAACUCCAGAGAUGAACCUCGGCAGAACCGCGCAGUUGGUUGGAAAGCUUAUAUUGACACUGGAAUGUGGCUCACAAAUAAGCUCCCCCAAAUUGACCAAGAACCUUUUCUACAUGAACGACUGUCUCCACUUUUAGUCCAAUAUGUCAAGCCUGAGCAAGACCGUUCUGAGUGGGAACUUCCUGCUCAGUCAGCUGAAGCUCUCUGCGCUGAUUAUCUUGAUGUUUUAGCCACACAUAGCCACGAAGGAGAAUUGCAUAAAUUGUGGACUGAGCUGUCGGACAACCUGCUUGAAGCUGUAAAGCUUUCAUCUCCAGAGCAGUCGAAGGACUUCAGGUCGUCACAAGACGCAGUAUGUGCUCAGGCCGAACGAUUUCUUGCUUUAGAGGCUUCGGUGCUUUCACGUGUAGCAGAUACAGACCGCGAAUGCAAGCUGCUGAAAGCCUUCGAGGACACAAACCUGGGGCUGCUUAGGCACUGCUUGGAGGUUCUACGAACCCGAAACGGCAAGCCGUAUGGAGCAGCUGCAGUUGUUGAAGGAAUGGUUCAGAAAGUUGCACAGAUUGCACAACACUCCCAGGAGUUAUUGAGGUUUGUCCAGGAGGAUGCACCAGAACUUCUGUCUUCGCCAUCCGCCGAUCGUUUAAUCUCUAUCAUCUUGUCUUGUCGUUCAUGGAAUGGAUUUGGCCCAAGUUUCGAGAAAGUCGUUGAAAGGGUAGCACAGUCUGAACCCGAGUCGUCAAAUGCGCAUGCUGUUCAGAAACUCCUCUCUACACUCGAUUUCAAGGAAGUAGAUGAUAAGAGUGGUCUUGGUUCUCUGAUCGCGCGUGCUUUAGACAGGGCCUGUAGAGGUAGCUCUCUACACUGGUCGAUUGUGGCUGCGGUGCUCCAAAACCAAACAUCUCAUGGCGAGCUCACAGAGUCGAUAUUCUUGUCAAUCAUCGAUGCAUUAUCAGAUGAAAGCAAAGUGUUCGAUACCUUACACGGAGUUUCUCAAAUUGCAAAUACCGUCCCAACUGCACUAAGAGAAUUCCAAAGUGGUCCCCAUGGUUCGAAAUUAACAGGGAAGUUGCUGUUCCUCGCUGAGUCGCCAUCAGAAGAAGUGGCCGGUCUUGCGGAGUCAUUAACCAGAAGGGUGAAGGAAUCAGCAGUCAGUGAAACAAGUGCUAGGUCAACUUUUGAAAUUCUGAAGCACAAUUUCAAUAACGUAAACGAGGAAUCUCUCUCGAUUGGGUCUUUAUUGAGUGUUGCAGAAGAAUUUUUACAUAACACCAAGCCCGAGGACCUCAAGAAAGUGGUUAAUGAUAUCCUACCUUCUCGCCAGAAUUGGGAAGAUGCGCUCGAUCCCUUUCUUGCACUCCCUCCCCGGCUAUCAACUGCUAUUACAAGUCCGCUUAAAGGGACAGUUCAUAUCAUCGACCGCCAUAUAUCGGACGAGUCUAGAAGGCGCUAUGAGACGGUCCCAUGCGACUCCAGCCAUUGUUCGUCUGCUCUCCGACUCGCCUAUUUCACCAUUAGAACUCUGUCAUCCUCUGAUAUCACUAGUCAGCUUGGUGCAGAAGAGCUUCAAACUCUGUUCUACUACUUGCCUCUGGCUGUGCAGUUGAUUGACGAUGAUUUGAGCAUCGACAAUUGCAAUGGCAUAACUGGAGUACUGCUACCUGAGCAACGAGAAGAGUACAUGGAAAUUGUCAAUGAUGGCCGUAGUUUGAUCAAUAGAUGGGCAAAUUUGGAAGAAUCCGUUGCACCAUCAAUUUCUGCGUUUUGGGAAAGCAAACUCGAAAGCUUAACUGGAACCUCUGCCGUUGACUAUCGAGUUGGCGAGGCUUUUGUAAAGAUUAUGGAGGGUCAGGACUCGGCAAAUUCCAAGUCAUCGGAAGACAUUGCCAAGCUUUGCAAGGAUGUGCGAACAGCAAAUGCAAUCCGCUCGGCGUCUUGGGUGGCUAUCUUGCGACACUCCAUCCUCUCAAACCCUGCCGGGACACGGCUAUGCAAUGAACUUGUCGCAGAAUCCACAGGAUUGAAACCUCAUGAUGAGCGAAAAGAUGGCCUUCGAAAGCUAUCACUGCUCAACCUUCUCGUAGUAGGAUCGGAAGAAGUGUUUGAGUCAAUCCCGACCCAGCGCGUCGUCUUUCUCGUCAAGCACCUCGUACAAUGUCUGCAAUCGGAGAAUAUCUCCCUUAGUGUCAAAUCCGAGGUAUUGCAAACCUUGUCGUUUGUGUUACCUUGCAUUCAUGAGAUGUAUGGCUCGCACUGGGAGGAUUGCAUGGAUGCUCUCAGCACAACCUGGAGGGAAGCCAGUGGCAGCGAUGAAGCUUUGCCAGUUCUGCUAGCAUCCUUCAGACUUUUUGCUCGCCUGAAAUCCAUUGUAGGCAACGAAGACAGCAACGACGAUGUGAAAGACGCUUGGUCAGAUCGAAAGGCCGCGUUGUUCAAUGACUUGACAGCAACGAUCAAGGAAUUUGACUCUUCUAUUACGUUCUACCAACCUCGCGAUGUCACGGUAGAUCUCUUGUGCCGACUGAUCAACAAUAUAUCAGUUGAGAGCCUUGAAGACGUGAGCAGGAUCUUCCCACUUCUGACUGCGCAGAGUCAGGCUGUGCAACGCGCCGCCUAUACUGUUCUACACCGGUAUAUUCCAAGUGUUCAAGAGCAGAUUUCUUUUGAUGUGGCAUUGUCGAAGACGACCGUCAAAUUACCCGAUCAGCUCCUGUCUCUGUUGCUCGAAGCACCCACUAUGGAUUCGAUAUCCUUAUCAUAUGGUGAUGACAAGGUCUGGUCGGAGAUACGAUCAUACCUUUUAAGCUGGAAGAUAGUUUUCGAUCAUUUCGUUAAUGCAUCCUUUGCCGUGCAAGAGAACUACGUAUCGAGCAUCAAGGAGAAUGAUGUGUUGAUUCCACUACUGGAAUUCACAUUCGACUUCCUCCAGCAGUCUCACCAAAAAAUGGUGGACGCGUCUAAGUUCGUUAUUCGCUCUUUUGAGUUAGACCAGUCGGAAUCUCAGGAGAAGGAAAUCCAAUGGCUCCUCGUCCACCUGUACUUCUUGUGCUUGAGGUACCUGGCGAACAUGACCAAGAGCUGGUGGAUUGACACCAAGAAGCGCACCAAAGGACCAGUGGAAGCCUGGACUGAAAAAUACAUUUCACCACUGAUCGUUGAGGAUGCCCUGCAAGGGAUUACCGAAUGGAUGGCAACACAAGACCCGAAUGAAGAGCGGGCAUUGGCCGUGAAAAUCUCACCAAAGACUUCUGAGAUCAUUGCUAGCAUUCCAGUGGAUGAAGAGUCACCCCCGGUUGCCUUGUCUAUAUCCCUUCCGCCGGCCUAUCCGCUACAACCCGCUUUGGUGGUUGGUCGGAGUCGAGUGUUGGUCGACGAGAGAAAAUGGAAGAGCUGGCUUCUUACCAUUCAAGGUGUGAUCAUGUUUGCGAACGGCAACAUAGUGGACGGACUGCUGGCCUUCCGGAAGAAUGUCCAAGGUGCCUUGAAGGGGCAGAGCGAGUGCGCGAUCUGUUACUCCGUCAUAUCGACGGACAUGCAGACUCCGAACAAGAGAUGUGCCACCUGCAAGAACACAUUCCACUCUGUCUGUCUGUUCCGGUGGUUCAAGAGCAGUAACCAGAGCACUUGUCCGCUGUGCCGGAACAACUUUGUUUAUGUAUGAUGACAUCGAUGUAUAGUAGUUAGUAUCUUGGGUAUUGAAGUCUGAACAAGGCCUUCUUGCCCUUUUGUUAUGGAGAAGAGGGGCCACUUUGCAUGGUACGUAUGGCCUUAUGGGCAUGUAUGAUAUAUCUCUAUCAGCUUAUAGAAAAGUUCAAAUUGCCAAGUACUCUUCUGGAUUCCAUCUUCUCUGCUCAACUAUCAACAUCAAACCUCCUAGUAGUGCUC